AUGGACUCCAAGUUGCUUGAGGUCUGGCAAGCUGCUGCUAGCACGCCAUUCAACCCUGCUGUCGGCAAGGACACCCAGUUUUUUGUCGCAUUCCUUCUCCUUCUCAUUGGCGUUGGAACUACCGGUGUUUUCGCUCUGAACCGUUCUAUUACCAACAUUCUGGUUCUAGGUGUACCUGCCUCUGCCGCAAUUGCAUUCGGCACGGUUUACAUGUUCUGCGCGGUCGGAGUCUACGUCUAA